AUGGCCCAAAUACAGAUCCCCGUCAUUUCUCUCAAGGAUACGUACUUUGACCAUCGAAAAGAAGAGAUCAAGAAGCAGCUUCUUGAGGCUGCCGAGGUGACCGGAUUCUUCACCCUGGUCGAUCAUGGCAUCACUAUAGAUGAGAUUGAGGCUCAAUUCCAAGUUGCAGAGAGUUUCUUCAGUCUACCAGCCAAAGUCAAGGGGAAAUCCCGUCAUGAUCCCCGGUCCAACAACGGCUGGGAGUACAAAGCUCAGCUGCGGCCCAGCACUGGUGCCUACGACCAGAAAGAGUCUCUGUGGUUGAUGCGCAGGUCGCAGUGGCCCAGCGAUGAAGAUGUGCCAAACUUUCGCGGAACCACAGAGCGAUUCAUGGCCAAGUGCGCCUCCAUUUCUGACCAAGUCUGUACGGCCGGUGCUCACACGGACAUGGGAUGCCUCACUCUGCUGUUCCAGCGAGAGAAGGAAGAUGGUCUGGAGGUCUGCACCGGCCGAGAGUCAUACACUGGUUUCGAUAUGGGCGACUCGUUCACACCCAUACGAGCUCGCACGGGGCCAAUUGUGGUCAACAUUGGCGACAUGCUAAUGGCGUGGUCCGAUGACCGCCUCAAGUCCAACUUUCACCGUGUACGUGCCAAGGAAAAUGGACAUUCGCCGCCACGGUACUCAAUCGCGUACUUUAACCAAGCCCGCCGUGACUUGACUGUACAGGGCCCCCGAAAGAAGUAG